AUGUCGUUCUUCGCGCGUUUGAUUCGUCAGGAGGAACCGGCGGCGCGUGUGAAUCUGGAUGCGGCUCACACGCUCUAUUUCGACAGCACUUUACAGCGAUGGCGAGAGCGUGGUACAGAACACUUGGAGGACCUCAACCAUGGCCCGCGUCGAAAGCCGGAGCCGCUGCAGCCGGAGCCGGAGCCGGCGGGGAAGGCGGUCGAGGAAAAGACUGUGAUUGACGAGUUGAUGACACCACCCAGAGUCUACAGCACUCAUGUUUUGGAUCUCCGAGACCGUGCUGAGAAGCUGAAAUCCCCCAAGGUGACGCGGAAUGGUGCAGCCGUUCCUUCGCUGGUUGAUGUGCACGCCUGUGAUGACGUCGCUACAGAGCCGCCCAACAGCCCCAUCUUCACGGAAGUCUCGGACCAUAGCGACAUCCCGGAGUCGCCUUUGGAGGCGCCAGCACUGACCAGGAGCGAAGAUGAGCAAAUGUCAUUGCUGCUUCCAACCCUGACAGAGUUCUCCAGUGGUAUCAAGGUCUAUGCCCAGGCCUGCGCAGCGCUGGAGAAGUUGACUUUUGACGAUGCCAAACGCCAGGCCAUGAUCAUUCACUCUGGAGGUGUCCAGGACCUUUUCUAUGCCCUGGAGCGAUUUCAAGAUGAGGACCCGGUCCAACAGCUUCCUCUCCUGGAGCUUCUCUGGAGCUUAACCUUCAAUGCCUCUGCUUUGGAUUGCCUUUUGGAUGCGAAUGGUUGGAGAUCCUUGGAAUCCAUCCUGCGAUCCACGAAAUCUGCAGGACGCCUGCAGGCGGUCGUGUGUGGUAUUUUGAUCAACUUCACUGAGCGGGAAGCCCUUCGACGUGAGAUUUGUCAUCGCGGAAUCUGUGGGCUGAUCUGCUCCGCUUUGCAUUUCCAUCACUGCAGCGAGUUGCACGAGCAUGGCUGUCAGCUACUGUACCUGCUGGCCUACUAUCCCGAGCUGCGCCCCGCAGUGCUGACGGCCGGAGCCGUGGAAGCUGCUAAGAUCAGCGAUGAGAAAUGGGGACAAUGGGUGCAAGAGAUCUUGUUGUGCUGA